GAUUGGCUGACAAUCCUUGGGCAUACGAUAAAUCAAACUUGUAUCACUUCUGUGUUAUCCAUAUGGAACAUAUCACUUGGAGAAAUAUACCAGCCCCAACAUACAAAUGUUGAAACAUAUUCAUGGAGGACUGCUGCUCCCUCCGUCACUACCUUACUCAUCACCUCCAACUCUCCUACUCAAUGGAACUAAUACUUCUGCGGUAGUUAAUCAGACUUCUCAAUUUUCCAUUGACAGAAGUUCGUGUAAUUACGAUUAUAAAAGGAUACACAGAACAAAACGUUGUAACAUAUACUGCUUGGCAACACGAAGAGUGAGAUACGAAGAUGAGGACGGAAAUGAAGACGGAGAAGAGCAAUCGAGUAAUGGGUAUAAUUCUGAGUUAAGCUUGCUUGAAUCUUAUAGCGAAUCUAAGCGGAAUGAGGCCCUUCUUCUAACAGCAAUGGUGGAUGGACAAGAGGAAGAAGUUUUGAUAUUUAAGGGGUUUUCAUCUUGCUUGAGCUACAGUACUUCACCUGAUCCAUCAAGAAGUAUUCUCCCUGAGAGGGCAGUGAUUAAAUCCAUCGACAUUAUCAAAGGACCUUUUGAUCCAUCAAAUAUAGAGUACAUCGAAAAGGGUUUAACCUUGGAAGUCUUUCAGAGGCGCCUAGGACAAACCAAAUAAGUCCGAAUAAGUUUUACUUUGGCUAGUUGUGUUAGUGUGUGUUCUUGCACCUAGGUACCCUUCUUCAAGGUUUUUGUUUGCAAAAACUGUCAUAGUGGUGAACACAAACGGAUCAGCCUUGUAACAUACAUUUUAUAAGUUUAACUUAAUGAUAUUGGUUUUCCAAUUCUUACCGCA